AUGUGGGGCAGUCUCGACCGAGCCUCUGGCCGGGAUGCCCCGGAGCUCGAGGUCCGGACACUGUUCGUCAGUGGGCUCCCUGUGGAUAUUAAACCCAGAGAACUCUACCUGCUCUUCAGGCCAUUCAAAGGGUAUGAAGGGUCCCUGAUAAAGCUCACAUCAAGACAGCCUGUUGGUUUUGUGAUCUUUGACAGCCGGGCAGGAGCAGAAGCAGCCAAGAACGCAUUGAAUGGUAUUCACUUUGAUCCUGAGAACCCGCAGACCCUGAGGCUAGAGUUUGCCAAAGCCAACACCAAGAUGGCCAAGAACAAGCUAAUGGCUACACCAAAUCCCACCAAUGCUCACCCUGCCCUUGGAGCACACUUCAUCGCACGGGACCCCUAUGACCUGAUGGGGGCUGCUCUGAUCCCCGCAUCCCCAGAGGCCUGGGCCCCCUACCCUCUGUACACUACGGAGCUGACCCCAGCCAUCUCACAUACUGCGUUCACCUACCCAGCCGCCACUGCUGCUGCCGCCGCCCUGCAUGCUCAGGUGCGCUGGUACCCUUCCUCUGACACCACCCAGCCAGGAUGGAAAUAUCGGCAGUUCUGUUAGUUCUUCACCCUGCCCUGUCCCGCAGCCCCACUCCAAGGCCUCACAGCUGGAUUCAGGGGCCUUCUCGCUGGGACCCCCCAGGCCCAGCGGGGAGGCCUCCCUGGGGGACUGAGCAAGGCCCGGCCUCCAGUCCAAAUCUGCUUCCGUAGCCCCACCUCAAAGACAUGA